CAUCCCCCGCCCAGACUAUAGGCCUGAGGGAACUUCUCCAGAGAUCUCUAUCCUUUCUUCCUACAAACCCAAACUCAAACUUUCAGUUUUGGGAUAUGCAUUGUAAUGACCCAGAAGGAAAGAACUUCUACUCAGUGUGAGCAAGUGGCAAGAAGGAGCAGCUGGCCAGGCCUCCUCCUGGAACAACAGGCCACACACUCUUCUCACUGGGAUGGAAGUGCCAGACGACAGCCAGACUCUGGGCCUGGCCUUAACUUCUCGGAGAACUUCAUUCUUCUAAGUGGGAGCCAAUCACUGCUAUGAAAGCAGAAAUGCUGGAGACUGAGGAGAGGCGUCAGAGAGAGCCUUCCUUCUCUGCAGAAGCCUAAGCAUCAAGCCUACUUGCAUUUAGAUGUGAAGAAAUGGAAACACUCAAAACAGCCUGCAAAAAUGUGCGCUUACCGUUAGUAGAUUACAUCAGUCAAAUAGAAGCACCUGCCUCACUUUGGAGGACUCAGAGAUGGUGAUGGUGAUGAUGGUGAUGGUAGCUGUGGUAAUGAUCAUCAUAGUGACGGUGGUACUGAUGGUGGAGGUGGCUAAUAGUGAUGGGUGAUUGGGCUACAGCGAUUUUUGCAGUGAAACUGAAGUCCAGCUGCUCAAACAGAAAUGGCCUCGUCUCACGGACACUUUAACGAAGUUCUGGCCUGUGGUCGUGCAGUGCAGGGGGCUGGAUGGCAUGCUGGACCCAAACUCAGUUCAGUGUCUGGGCCCAAUAACAGCAUUGCUAAGGGAGCAGCUUUCUAUCCUGGCCACACUGAGGUGCACAGCGUAAUGUCCAUGUUGUUCUACACUCUGAUCACAGUGUUUUUGAUCGGCAUCCAGGCAGAACCAUAUUCAGACAGCAAUGUCCUAUCAGGAGACACCGUCCCCCAAGCCCACUGGACUAAACUCCAACACUCCCUUGACACAGCCCUCCGAAGAGCCCGCAGUGCGCCUGCUGCACCGAUAGCUGCCCGGGUGGCAGGGCAGACCCGCAACAUCACUGUGGACCCCAGACUGUUUAAGAAACGGCGACUCCAUUCACCCCGUGUCCUGUUCAGCACCCAGCCCCCACCCCUGUCUACAGACACUCAGGAUCUGGACUUCGAGGUGGAUGGCGCAGCUUCUGCCAACAGGACUCACAGGAGCAAGCGGUCAUCCACCCACCCGGUCUUCCACAUGGGGGAGUUCUCAGUGUGCGACAGUGUCAGCGUGUGGGUUGGGGAUAAGACCACAGCCACGGACAUUAAGGGCAAGGAGGUGACAGUUUUGGCAGAGGUAAACAUUAACAACAAUGUAUUCAAACAGUACUUUUUUGAGACCAAGUGCCGGGACCCCAGUCCCGUGGACAGCGGGUGCCGGGGCAUUGACUCCAAGCACUGGAACUCAUAUUGUACCACGACCCACACCUUUGUCAAGGCACUGACCACAGACGACAAGCAGGCUGCCUGGCGCUUCAUCCGGAUAGACACUGCCUGUGUGUGCGUGCUCAGCAGGAAGGCUGCGAGAAGAGGCUGAUCCUCCCGAAGGCCCCAUUUCCCCCCUCCCGCUCCACACUCCUGGGCCCCUCCCUACCUCAACCUGUAAAUUAUUUUAAAUUAUAAGGACUGCAUGGUAAUUUAUAGUUUAUACAGUUUUAAAAAAUCAUUAUUUAUUAAAUUUUUGAAGCAUCCUGUG